GGAAUUCCGACUCCAUAAUAAAACGCUAGUAGGAACGCCGCGGAUGCUGCCGCACGACUCGGUGUUGAGGGUGUCAGCCAGGUGCAUUGGCGUCAGCCGGGUGCAUGAGGGCCAGGGUUCAUGUUAUUAUGCUCGCCAAAGGACGGUAACGCAGCCUUUCAAAAUACUUAAAUUCUCAAUUCUCACUGCGGUCAGAACCCCAUGAGGUUGCACCCACCAACUCAAAAUGCAAGACAAAACCUACAUCAUCACCGGUGCGGCCUCUGGCAUAGGCCUCGCAACAGCGCAACAGCUUCUCUCCCGUGGCGCGAAUGUCAGCGCCUGCGACAUCAAUGAGGCCAAUCUCGACUCUGUCUAUCAGCCAUUAGUGGCCGAGUAUGGAGAAAGACUACACUACGGCCGUGUCGACGUCACCAAACGUGACCAAGUCAAGGCCUUUAUCGAGGCCACGCAACGAAAGUUUCGCACAUUGGAUGGAUACGCGAACAUUGCCGGAACGGGCGGACUUCGACUCGGCCACGACGCAAUUUCUGACACGCCUGAUGAAGAGUACGACUUCAUUAUGGACCUGAACGUGAAAGCAACAUUUAUUGCGCUUGGUGAGGUUCUUAAACCUGGUAUCUUCCAGAACCACGGCAGUGUCGUGUGCGUCGGCAGCAUGUUUGGACAACGCGGGUUCAAGAGAGGUGCCGUGUUCGCCGCAUCAAAACAUGCAAUGGUCGGAUUGGCAAAGAGCGUGGCUUUGGAGGUCGGAGAGCGAGGUAUAAGGGUGAACGUUGUCGAGCCGGGAGCAAUCGAUACGCCCAUGCACCAGCGGAACAUGGACAACAACAUGCCCGAUCCGACACCUCAGAAUCCUCUACCGCGGCUAGGAACACCGGAAGAUGUGGCAAAUGUGAUAGUAUUCCUGUUAAGUGACCAGUCUCAAUAUGUGACUGGUUCGACUUAUGCCGUGGACGGUGGCGCAAAUACUUGAUUAAAUAUAAGAGAUAAUAAGGGCGAAGAGAAUAUUAAGAGACAUCUCGUAAGGCUGUCUCAAACGUUACUUUCCUUCUUCCGCUUGAACACUUUCAACCGAGUGUAACGUCGGGGUCGGGGUCGGGGUCGGGGUCGUGGUCGGGGUCGCGUCGCGUCGGAC